AUGCAACCAAAGGACGCGCUCGUCCUCUGCACUGUCACCGUCCUCUUCAUUUACUUUGGAAUCAUCCUCUGGACAAACUAUGCCAUGUUGCUGCCUCCGCUCCAUAAUGCACUGGAGAACGACCUCAUGGAUACCAUUGCCUCGGCCAUCGGAGGAGUAGCGACCUAUAUCCUGAGGUUCUUUGUUGGGAGCCACAUUGCCAAUGCUGUCAAGUCCGUCUUCCUCGGCUACUGCUAUGUCGUGUACAUGCUUUGCGAUGGCCGGCCACGCGACAACAUGGGCAAAAAGACUACAGCUCCUACCAAAGACGAAUCGUGUGCAAACGACAGCGUCGAUCGUGAGGAGGACUUCUCGGAGGAGAGGCAAUUGAACAGGAUCGAUGAUGAUGACUACGAACUCCACCCCGAUUACCAAACACUUGUCGAUCAGGAACAGGACGGAUAUGCGCGCCCCGCCAAUUGGCCAUCAUACACCAACCUCCUGCGAGCAGCUUUCAUCUAUGGCUUGCUGCAGGUGGGCACCCCUUCGGAACUCUGGUCAGGAGUCAAGGCCAUCUGGAGCGAAAUCGAGUUCGGGACUCAACAGCAGUUCAACAUCCUGAUAGUUGCCUUCAUGUUCCACAUUCAGUACUCUUGCUUGGGCCGUAUUGUUGCCGUGAUUGAGCGUGUUAUCUACCCUAAGCUGACGCCAGACCAGUACAAGGAGCGGUCCAUCAUCAACACAGUUCCCAAGAUGUUCAGGAAAGUCUUGCAGGAGAGUCUCAACUCUGCACUCACUACCACCAUUGUGCUGUCAACAAUCGCUGUCGUUGGAACUCUCGUUGCUAUUCUGUCCAUCGGCGUCGCCCAUGAUGUUCAAGGACUUCUCGCACAAACACAUCACAGAGUCAUGGGCUUCAGAGAGGAGCAGGCACAAUGGACGCUCGAGAAUGCUCAGAGUGCAAGAGUACCACCAGUACCUAAAUCAACCCUGGUUAGUCAAGUGGACGAUGCCUUGUCGCAGGCAUACGACACAGGACUCCAAUGGUUCGACCCUAUUCUGAAGGAAGCCUUCCCAGACCUCACAUGGGGUGCGACAGAAUGGGCGUUCCAGUUGGCCCAUGUCGUCGUCGAUUUGGAUCACUUUCAGAAUGCAGCAGCGGCAGCAGCGGCAGCAGCACAGGCAUCGGCAGCAUCAGCGCGGGCAUCAGCAGCAGCAGCAGCGGCGGCGGCGGCGGAUGCCAAGGCCAAGGCGACAUGCGAGGCACCUGAGGAGAAGAAGGUUGACUUGAACGAGCUGCUUCUUCAUCCUGCCGAUCAAACCACACUUUCCUCGCUGGAUUUCGCUUCCACUCGCGUAGACAAGGAGGAACACAACAACCAUAACGACAAUAACGACAAUAACGACAAUAACGAUCAUAACGACGACAACGACAUUAACGACACUAACGAAAUUCACGACCACAUGACUCUGGAGGAGCCGGAAUUGUGGCCUAUUCCCACAUUGCAAUCGCUCCUUCUGUCUGGAUCAGACAACAAAGCUGCCUUCGGUACCCUUUCCGACAACGACAUCAACAACACGCCGCGCCAAAGGGCUAUCAACAUCUCGCAGGCGAAAUACCUGCUGAGCAUCAUCUUUGGAUACAAGGGUCUCGAUACCCCCAUGAUGCUCUGGGGCUUCAACGUCUUCAACGACCUCCUCUUCCGCGGGAUCCUCUUUAUGCUGGUUCUGAUGACGUUCACCGGGCUCAAGGUUUCGCCUCUGCAACGUCUCGGCUGGAUCAUCGACCAAGCUUUGAGCUCGUCGACUACCUUUGGAUCAUUCCACCUCUCGGACACCUAUUCACCCGGACGCAUCCUUGCCAAGAGCCUCGAGUUUUCGAUCUCUGGAACGUUCAUCUCGAUGUUCAAGCUUUCUAUCUACCACACCUUGUUCACGCUUGCCUGGACUCAUUUCUUGACCGACCGCGUCACACUCAUGGUCGCUACAGGAGAGGCGUCUCCCGACUUUGUCCCCAUCAAGUAUGCAUGGUUGACGUCCCUCUUUGGCAUUGUCUUGACCUUAUUCCCAAUUGCGCCCAACUGGCUCGUCGCCAUUCCAGGAGGACUCGUUCACUUUUACAUCUACGGUCAGAGAACCAAGGAAGCCGUUGCCAUGGUCGUCGGACAUUUCCUCUUGGGCAACUUGGUCGAUGGCGCCGUUUGGGAUUCGCAUGUGGUCAAGAAUGCUCGUCCAGGUGUCUCGUCGGCCUUCUGGUUGGGUCUGUGGGUCUUCUUGGGCGGCAUGAAGUGGGGACCCAAGGGUCUCUUGCUCGGACCUGUCUUCUUUGCCGCCGUCCCCUCGAUCUGGUCCGCUUUGCUCGAGCUCCGCGGUAAGCCUUCGCGAGGUCUGACCAGACCCCGCAGCGCAAGAUCAUCCACCACCAGGAUGGCAGUUGACCAGGCGUCUUUGAAGGACAGCAAGCGUCAUGGAUCUACUGGAACAACCCCUCGCAAGGGAUACCGGCAGGAGUUUUAUGGCGAGUAUGAGCGUGAGGAGGAGGAGGAGGAGAAUGAUAGCCGUCGGAGUAGUCGGUCGAACAGCGUCAGCAGCAGCAGGAACAGCCGUGGUCGGACAUCCAGGGGCGUCAACGGGUAUCGACGUGACGAGAAAUCUGCCAUCUCUACUCAUCGGUAA